AUGGAUGCGCCCACGAGUGCUAAACGCUCUAAAAUUCAAACGACGCUGAGUAGCUUUUUCAGAAUGAAAGAGGAGAAAAAGGUAAUCCUGAACCUAGUGUCGACGCUCAUACUUCCCUCCGAGGCGACGUCCGCCAGUACACCAGUGUCGACGCCCAUACUUACCACCGAGGCGACGUCCGCCAGAACACCAGUGUCGACGCCCAUACUUACCUCCGAGGCGUCGUCAGCAGAUGUUCAGAGUUGCGGUCAGAAUGAUGAUUUGGUCAAGGAUAUAGCUGAUUACACGAGUUCCGCAGCACCAGAUUUUACAGUUUUACACAUGUUCGAAUAUGUAACUGGGUUAAGCAGCAAACUGCAGGGCUCAACAUUGGACAUCAUUGAGGCAUAUGAAAUGGUCAAUACUGUCAAAAAAGCUGUCUCUGCUGCCAGAAAUACCGAUGCUGAAAUCAUAUUUCAAGGGUCGUCUAAAACAGCACAGAAAGCAGGUCUCGAUUGCCUUCAAAUGCCAAGACGGUGUGGCAGACAGACCCAGAGAAAUAAUGUCCCAGCUAACAAUACCGAAGAGUAUUUUGUAAGAGUCAUUUUUAACCCCUUUGUAGAUUCACUUAUUCAACAACUGGACAUGCGAUUUAAUACAAUGACUAGACAAGCAAGUUUGGCUCUCUGUCUGUUGCCCAGCAACAUCGACAAAUUAACGGAAGACUCCGUCAGGUCACUAGUAGACCACUACCAAGAUGACAUGCCGCAGCCUGAAACAUUCCAGCAAGAGCUGCAGCUUUGGAAACGGACUUGGGGAAAUAAAGACGAAAAGCCGGGAACGAUAACAGAAACGCUUUCGGAGACGUGUAAUUUCAUGUACCCGAACAUUAUGAAAAUUCUAACGUUGAUGAUGUUAACAUCAGUUACAUCUGCAAGUGUUGAAAGAUCAAAUUCAUCUUUGAGAUUUAUCAAAAACGCUCACAGAAGUACAAUGGGACAGGAUCGAUUCAAUGCGUUGAUGCUUCUGUUUAUUCAUAGAGAUAUCAACUUAGAUUUAGAGCAGAUAAUAAAUAUGUAUGCCAGAUAA